AUGGAUGACUUGCUUCCAUCAUACGAGAGUGCGAUUCAGCAGAACCCAUGGACGUUGAUAGCACCCUACCUUCCUUCGGACGAUAUCUGCUCGGCAGCUCUCGUGUGUAAGAAGUGGCAUGAAAUCUUCACACCGCACCUGUGGGGUAGCCCUGCGUCUCACUUUGGCGUAGAGAACGAUACUGUGUAUACCGCUCUUACGCGCUUCAAGCGCACCCUACCGUAUGCGAGAUCCUUUGUACGCGAUUUGACGCAUACUCUCCAGUUCCCGCCAGCGCACGCAGAGAUCUAUGGCGGGCCACACUCUGAGUGGCUACGAGACUGCCUCGAACGACUGCCUCGCCUCCAAUGCCUUAUGGUCAACGGACUUCCAUUUUUCGACCACGCAGCGCUCCUGACUCUGCGACACGCCAGUUCAUGGUGGACCGCUAACCGCCCAGUUGCAUAUCCUAUGUUUGGCCUGCGCUUAUUGGAUGCUUCAGGCUGCACUAAUGGGACGUCUACUGGUCUUGCAGAAGCGCUUCCUCACUUCCCUGAUCUCGUGUCUUUGGACUUGUCGAGAACGCCAGCUGCUCGGUCUGAUGUGGUGCUGAGCAAGUUGAAGUAUCUGCGUAAUCUGCGAGUGCUGAAUCUCGAGGGCCUGGGACUGAAAGAUGCUGAAUUCUCGAUCAUCGCGCCUUCUAUUGGUACCCGUGUCAGGAGUCUCAACAUGAGCGACAACCAUCUGACGGACUCCAGCGCUAGGCUGCUCCUUGAUCACUGCCUGAAAGAAACGACUAUACCGGCGCAUGUGACAAGAUCACCUCUACCUCCGGUCGAGCAUGGUCAGUUGGACGGAGGCUUGGAUGCGCACGAGUCGGAAGAUCUCGUGAAUCAUCUUCGACAGAGGUUGACCAAAGGGUUUUUCGGCAGCCUGGCAAUCGAGGAGGGCCGGGAUAUAGGCAUCACUCAUCUGUACCUGUCCCGAAACUCCAUGACAGUCGAGGGCAUCUCCGGACUGCUCCGAUCGAAGCGUCUACGGGUACUAGAUGUCGGAGUCCUACCCGCUGUGCUGUUGAGACCCAUGCAGCCUUCCAAAGAGAACGUUGAUGACAGUAUGAAUCUUCCAGGUGUGGCGAAGAUGACGCCCAUCCUGUCGGAAUUCGCUGCUCCUAAGAUGAAGUAUCUCAGAAUCAACUACCAGAUCGUGACCGAGGAUGCGCCAGUGGACGCACUCCCAUCACCACGGGCCGAGCUUAAUGGGGAUCUUGGCUUGUACGCACCGUCCGAUGCACAUGAACUCGAAGCUGCUCAACAGCAACUGCCCAUGCCUGAACUCAGCUCUGUGGACAACGCCGUCUCGGAGCUUCCUGGGAGUCCCGCUUACCCGGUAGAACUGCCUGGUUCUUUUCCAUCCGAAGCGGCCUUGACAUGGCGGAAGAAUAGUAAACUGGCGCGAAUGCCCUCGAUCAAAGUCACCCCGGAGCCGCAGGAAAUCAAACGUGGUGCAGCGUAUGCACCAGAACCAGUUUUCGUGGAUUUACCAAUGUCGCCAACCCGCCCGCUUCUGCCUGGCAGUGAGGAACGAAGACCCCUCUCUACUGGAGACUCGUCGCCUGACCAUUUGGCGGCACUUUCACCAGUUCUUUCUAGCAGCAUGCCAAACAGAUCCUCUGGCACAAGGUCGCGCCACAACUCCACCCAUUUUAUCGAGGACCGCAGGGCCAGGCUUGAGCUUCGACAGUCACAAGAAAAUCGGCUGCACCCAGGCAUGCUUCCCAAUGUACAUACCCUGGUUUUGACCGAUGUUCCAACGUCUACGACCGAUCGAGGUCUUAUUGAUCGGCUUACACAGUACAUCAAAGACGCCGCAGAAGAAGCGUCGAUAGCCAAGCAGCGUGCAAGACACACGUACAUGCUGCCGCCUGGGCGUAGCCGCAAUCUUGCCGAGCGAGAGUACGCACGUGGUCUCUUUGCGCUGAAGCGUAUCGUCUUCGAGAUGGCACCUCCUCAGGUAGCACACAAGAAGAUCUCUACAAGUUGGAGGGCAUACCCUACGAAGUCAUCUACCGAAGACGCAGACUCAGAAGCUUUCUGGGAAGCAGCAGCGCUCGAUUUUUCCUUCUUCGACGACGAAGAGUGUGGUGUCCCAACGAGAGAGCCUGGACGUGGGCUGCCACUGGCAGCGAUGGGUGGUCUUGAGUUGGCUGUCCAACACCCUGCCCCAGCAACAGAACCAAGAAGACCAGAACCUGCAGUGCAGCCGCAACUCGAUGUAGUUGCAGAGAUUGGCAAAUUUCGCGGGGAGAAGAAGUCUGCAUACAGCAAUCUGAUUGGCAUGGGAGAGACCGACCCAGAAGUGGAAGGCUACUGGCCGGGAAACAUCACCGUGGUGCGGAAGCCAGUAGAUAUAGGCGCCGGAGAGCUGGACUGCUACGGCAACAGAUACCAAGGCUGGGGACUGUACCGGUGA